UUGCCGCAGCACAGUCGGGAGAGCUUCUAUUUUACUUAAAUUGUCAAAAAAUCGGCCGAUUUUUCUCUAAAACAAAAUGGAGGAAGCUAAACGCGAAAUGGCUUUAAUCCCGAGCCAAUAUUACUCAGAAGUUGCCGAAUACAUAAAAGAUCUCAAUAAUUUGUCGUAUCACUUCGAUCUUUCAAAACCGAUUUUACGACUUGCGGUUGCUAAAAUUUACCCGCUAUUCAUAUUAAUCUACGCGGUUUUGAUAACUAUUGGAAUUAUCGCAAACGCUGCUAUGAUUAUUCAUAUUUCAAAGAAUAAAUUAUACCGCGAUCCUACUUACGCGUAUUUAAUUAAUAUCGCGAUAUCCGAUAUCGCUAAAUGUAUGUUUGUUCUUCCAAUUACACUCGCGGUUUUGUUGAUCCAGAAUUGGGUUUUUGGAAAGUUUUUGUGCUUAUCUUUGGCUAUGAUACAAGACAUUCCAUUCCACGUAUCGAUGAUGACAUAUUUACUGAUUGCUGGGGAUCGAUACCGUUUAUUAAGCGAUCCUGGAAAACCAAGAAUACCAGCGUUUGUGUGUGCUCUCGGAUCAUGGUUUUUCGCAAUAUGCAUUGUGCUGCCGUUUCCAAUUUAUACUACUUACCUUGAUCUCUCGAGCUUCAAAAAAGGGCACUUCGACGGCCUGGGGAUUUGCCUCGGAAAUCUCGUUGACGACAUUCAGCAGUACAUGCGGGGUUUAUUUUUAUUGACGUAUAUUGCACCAUUGGCAAUUACUGCGUAUAUUUAUGUCAAAUCGAGUCGUGAGUUGCAAAAUAAAGAAGAUCCGCUGUCAACAGUUGCUAUUUUUGAAGCAAGGAGAAAAGGCUCUUCAAGACAUGACAGUGAUGUUAGUACUGACUUAAUGCCAUACCGAAACACAAAAUGUGGGAGCGGAAGUUUGACAACAACAACCGCUACAGUCGGAUUAUCCGCGUUUACAACUAACACUUACGAUCCAGAAAUAGAUGUCGCUAAAGAAAUACGCUCGCAAAAAUAUCUUAUCUUCAUGGUGUCCUAUUACGCAAUUUUGCUGUGUCCGCUAAUGGUGUUGAAACUCGCAAAAUUGGCCCUUGUGGAAACGGCGGAGAAUGAAGGUCACUUUGACAUUACUUACACUAUAUUUGUUUGGCUCGGGUUCACCCCCACAGUCGCAACCCCUAUACUUUAUGCGUCUUGGCAAAUGAGCAGACCAACAAAGGAGCGAUUGAAAGGCUACUUCCAGUCCUCAAGCCGAAGACUUACUAAGGUUUGCGAAGAGACUGUUAUUAGAUCGAACCGGCACCCAUCGCACCAGAUCAAUCCCUCUGGUCUAGCUAACGUAGCUUACACACAACACCCACGAUCCGGAAAUGGGAACAAUAGCUCCAGCGGCAGUAAUUACAAUGAAGCCGAGGGUAUCAACUGCUCACGAGGAAAUCUAAGCACCCGCAGCAGUGAAUUCGAUAACCAUCCACAAAAUAUGUAUCUCGUUCAUUGAUUACCUAAUUUAAUAGUUCAUCAGGAAAGGUCGAGGAGAAAAAAUAGAGAUUUGAUGCCAAUUUUGGAAAAAUUUAUUAAUUCAAUCUUAUUAGAAUUUUUUUCUAU